AUGGUAAAAAACGAAGCUAAAGACUAUUCUGCUUCCAGUAUGCCUACUGACAACAAAAAUUUUGCAAAGUUGCUUGAUAUGACCCCAUUACCAGUUUUCUCUGACUCAUCGCUUGCAAACCUCGCCGAACAAAUCAACGGCAAGUUAGCAGCUCCUAAGUCACAGCGGAUUCAUCUGGAGGUUGGCCCUAAAUCUAAUAAGCAAAGCGACGCCAUCGCUCCGAAAGCUGAAUGUGCGGCUAAGAUCCGCAAAAAGCGAGACCGCAGCGGACAGGUGAUUACCCACCAGCGAAGGCCUACUCCCAAGCAAAAGAACGCCCAAUGUAGCAAUGUUCUGAGGCAAGAAAUAUAUGCCGUAGGCGGGACUAAAGAAGAUUACGAUUUACUUGCUUGUGUUGAAUCUGAUUCGGAAAUGGAGGACGCAUUGGGCGAGGGCUGUGACGACUCAGAAGCUCUUCGCCGAAAUAUCGCCAUAAUCUUGAAAGGAGGAGUAAUCAAUUCAAGCCCAGGAAGUGGAAAUUCUAUGCCUACGAUGCGAAAAGUUACCCAUGGAAAAAACGUGCCGGGCGUACCCAAAGAGCACCAUCUAGGUAAGACAGAAAUAACGAACUGCAAACAGAACCCAAAAAGAGCCAAUUCCAUAGAUAUGGUAUUCGCUCCCCAGCCGAACUGGCACUCGAAUUUUCUUCCUGAACUUCACGUAGAUGUUGACUGUGUUGAUAUACCGCAUCAUGUCUUGAUUCGAAUUCGUGAAUACUCCCGAUCUUUAUUAGAGACGGAAAACAAAGCUUACGCCGCUUACCGGGAAUCGGGUUCAUCGUCCACCUACAAAUUUUACUCCACUAUUGUAACCUCUGGGACGCUGAUUGACAAAGUAUCAGCGUUGACUUUGGAAUUUCAAAACUCUCCUUUACACAAUAUCAAAGCAUUAGAACAAUUGAUUGGGUUGGCCAAAAAACGCAGUCGAGCGCAAUGUAUCGAGGUACUGCGAUCUUUAAAGGAUCUAUUCGCUCAAGGAGGUGUCCUCCCAAAUGACCGAAAGCUUAAGUUUUUUAUACAUCAGCGAGCCUUAGGCGCAGCUUUAUCUGGUAAUAGUAACUGGACCGCUACGGACCCUCUUCCCCGAGGAUUAAAGAAGAGUCAUCUCAUUUACUGGUCUUUUGAAGAUUUUUUGAAAGAAAAAUAUUUUGAAAUUUUGAAAAUUCUAGAAAUUUGGUGUGGUGACAAGAUCGAGUUUUCACGAUCAAGGGCUGUCAGUUAUGUUUAUGAAUUGCUGAAAGAAAAGCCUGAGCAAGAAUCAAAUCUCCUUCGCCUCCUUGUUAAUAAGCUUGGUGAUCCAAGUAAAAAGAUCGCAUCUCGUGCCUCAUAUCUUCUUCUUCAGCUCCAGCAGGCACAUCCUGUAAUGAAAGAAGUAGUUAUUUCCGGCAUCGAAUCCGAAUUAUUAUUCCGGCAAGGACAAUGCCAACAUGCAAAAUAUUAUGCUGUCAUUACCCUCAAUCAAACUGUUUUAAGCGUCAACGAAGAGAAGGUCGCCGAAAAACUUCUGGAUAUGUACUUCGGUUUAUUUGUCUGGAUACUGAAAUUUGAAAAGGUAGUGAGCGACAAUGAGGUUGACGAAGGCAAUAAAACAGCCCAAAAACAGAAAGGCAAACCCCGUCGAAACAUCGCUAAAAAUUUAGAAGUCGAGUUGAGUGAAAAGUUGAUUUCAGCCAUUCUAACCGGUGUCAAUCGAGCAUAUCCAUUUACCAAAUCCAGCAGCGAAAGGCUUUCACGACAUAUCAACACGCUUUUCAAUGUUACUCAUUCGUCGAAUUUCAACACUAGCAUUCAAGCUCUCAUGCUUAUUCAUCAAUUGUUGUGUUCUCAUGCCGUGUGUACGGACAGGUUUUAUCGUACCUUGUACGAAUCGCUGCUAGAUCCGCGCAUUAUAACAUCCUCCAAGCAAUCAUUAUAUCUGAACCUUCUCUACAAAACACUGAGCUCGGAUAGGAAUUUGAGGCGAAUUAAAGCGUUUGUAAAGCGUUUGGUUCAAAUCCUUACCCUACAAUAUCCAUCAUUUAUCUGUGGCGUGUUUUAUUUAAUCCGGGAAUUGGAAACAGUUUUUCCUGGCUUAAGCACUUCAAUAGAUCUUCCAGAGAACCACGAAGAUGAUAUCCAGGAGCUUUUUAGAGACGUCCCAGAACAAGACACAAGUGGCAGUGGAAAAGAGACACCUCCCCGCGUUACACAAAAGGCAAGCCUUUACGAUGCCCGCAAAAGAGACCCUAAUGAAAGUAACGCUGAAAAAAGUUGCCUCUGGGAACUGCUCCCAUAUCUGUCACAUUUCCAUCCUUCUGUUUCUGUUGGUGCAACACAGCUUCUGCAACAUCAGAAAAUGGAAGGAAAACUUGACCUCACUAUUCAUACACUCUCGCACUUUUUGGAUCGUUUUGUGUAUCGUAGCCCACGGGCUUCAACGGGGUUACGCGGAUCAUCGAUCAUGCAGCCUCUUGCUAGUUGUGACACCAGACGCCUUUUGAUCACUUCUAGCGAUACAUCCAAAGUCCGAGAUCCGGUCAACAAUGAAACUUUCUGGACUAGGAAAGCUGAAGAUGUGGCUGCUGAGGAUGUUUUCUUCCAUGCCUACUUCAAUCGCUUGGCAGCUGAUAAAUCAAAAUGGAAGGUUAAGAAGCCUACAAAAGAAAAUCCCAGUCUUGAUGAUAGUGAUACCGAAUCAGAGGUUUUCCGAGCCCUCAUUGAAACCAGCGCUGAUUUGGAAUGCGAUAAAAUAGGAGUUAUUGACCUUAAUCUAGAAGAUUUAGGAACUACCACAGACUCAGAAAGCGAGGAUAUUCAAAGUCACCCGGCAAAUGAGGGUGUCACACUCGAAAAGGGAAGUUCUGAGGAAGAACUGGAAGGCGGGCAUCAGGCGGACGAUCCAUUUAAGGCGCCUGAGGAAGUCGGAUUGUUUGAUAUAGACGUUUCCGACGAGGAUGCUUUCUGCGACAGCGACCAGGACAUUCCGUCUGACAUCAGCAUCGGAAUUCGCAACAAACAGAAUGAUGAGGUGACCAGAGAGUUGACAAGAGGAAAGAAAAAACGAAAACUUAAGCACCUGCCCACGUUUGCGUCUGUAGAAGAUUACGCUGUACUGUUGGAGCAGGAGGUUGACGGAGAUGGCUACCCUUGA